AUGUCUCGAGAAAGGGACAAACCUCUGCAACCAAGUACCCUCGCCAAGUUCGUUUACAAACAUUGGGGCGCAGCUACGAAGGGCGAUGCCUCGAACAUAUCCAAGAUGGCGCAGUACUUUCAGGCCCAAAUCGCCAAUGCAGAAAAUCCAGGGAUUCCGGGCAUUGGUCCACGCAGGAAAAUGAGAAGAUACAUACACAACAUCGAUUUACUCGACGACGCACUCGAAACUUCACGACGAUGGCAAUCCCCAUUCCUACGCAUCCCCACCCACUGCUUCUGGGCCAACUCCAGGAAGGAAGACCGGGCUUCCAAUACACGGAGACAUGAGGCUGAGCUACACGCUGUCGCCGCUCCUGCUGCUGUCGCCGACGGUAACAAUGCAGAGGAAGAGGCAGAGGACGUUAGAAAAGCAAAUACGGAAACGGAGGCAGAGCCCAACGAGGUACUUAUCGACGAAGGAGAGGACGAAGAGGACGUGACUGAUGAAAAGGAGGAUCUUGACAACAUUACAAAAAGUGACGACGUGGUAUUGCGCCACCUGCUCAAUAUCUCCACCAACCAUAAUCCCCUACCAUUCUUCCUGUUGUCGCCCAAAUUUAAAGGCAUCUACGCCAGAUGGGUAGACGAGCUCCGAAUCCUGAGCGUCGGGGUCGCCUACAUCGAAGGCAAGAGAAACGAGGUUGCAGACGCCUUGUCACGCACCAUCUUCGAGAUUCCUUCGGGCCAGUUACCCAUGACUGAGGCUGAAUGGCUAUCCGGGUUGCUCUCUUGUUGGGAGGCGUUCAAAAAUACUUCAUGA